AUGCGAUCCGAAGUAAGUGCGGGUGGAAAUAGUCCGGAACGCAAUUCGGGACCACCGGGUUCGGCAAAGAAUCCUACGACGCAACCAUCGGCAGCUGAUUUCUGCGUGUACGGGCAACGAAAAGCCACCAGUGCUGUUUGUGGCUUCCAAGCGGCGUUUAGUGAAUUGGGGCAAACUUCGAUCAUUAAACCCGUAAGUGCAGAAACGGAUCACGGUGAAACCGUACUGAAAGAAAUAGUUUAUUACAGGCACAAACGCAUCCCGAACGCACGGACUGAAAGUACGCCUCGUAACCGUAGAGCAACGGCUCUACCUUCACCCACUGCUUCAAUCUCUCGCCGGCAUUCACGGCGUGUCGCAACAAGUUGUACAAACAUCUGGUGCAUUCGGGAAAGAACCGUUUGGAAAACGAACAAGCGCACAUCUGGUAGCAGAAACAAUCUCGACCGGAGCCAAGGUCAACCGCCGAUCGGACCACCGGAUCACGCGGCUACAAAAGGCCCCGCAGGGGCCUUUUUGUUGGAACUACCAAGGAACUACUGGAGCUACGAAUUCCACGAAUCCACAGAGACCGACCAGCUCAAGGCGAGCACGUAUCUGAAGCGGUGGCCCCGGUUGUUGGAGGGCAAACCUUCGCUGGCUCCCCGGAGACGUUCCUGGGCAGUGAACGCGACAACCCCCGUUCGUCCAGAGCGAAUGCACGCAGAGUGGUGACGGAGGAUCAGUGUCUGCCUGAGCCAAUGGCGGUUCGUGCUGUGGAACACGGCGGCGAUCACACGACGGCUUUCGCUCGGGCCCUCACGCAUUGAUGUCUCGAGAAUUCAGAGCAGCACGGUCGGAGACGUGACUAAAGGGAAGUCAUGAGCGGUGAGCAAAUGCACAAAAUACUCUAAGGCACCAAAAUGAAGAAAAGCAUAGUUGCUAAAAGGUAUAGCUCCGCAUGAGCCAAAAGCAGGAGAUUAGGGAACCCAGUAGGGAAAGAACAAGUAGUAUAAGACAAAACGACCACAAUACACACUAUGUUUUCUAAUUGAGUUUGGCUCUUUGUUUAUUUGGUUUGAGGAAACCC